AUGACGAACACGGCUGGAAGGAUGGACACAUUUACCCAAAAAAAUGAAACUUCGCGACCUGGUUACCAGCAGAAUGACAACGGAUCCACGUUUACUGGAAGCCAUAUUUCUCGCAAGGGCCAAAGUUCAAUGUAUGCUCCCCAGCUGACUCGAAUGUCUGAGCUCUUGAGGACUGAUCACUGUACUAGUAAAUGUAACACACAGUUCAAUUCUGUUUACUGUUAUGGCGAUGGUCCAGUGCUUGAAUCUUCACAUAAAACUAUUCAGCGUCCACGGAAGUCCACAGCAUUUGAUGCACGGGAAUCGAACACGUCUGCUUCAAGUGCUGACAAAAUUGGAAGCCAGAGUGUUGAUGUUACCGAUGGCGGAACUUCCAAAAAUAACAAACGUCAAAAACUACUGGCUUGGCUCAAAGCUAGUCAGGCAAAACGGGAUGAAAAUAAUCGUCAAGUGUUUUCCCGGUGGAUUGAGAAGAUCGAUAAUGAGCGUCCGAAAGGACAUUUAACAUCGCAUCAUAGGCCAACAUUUUACUGCGACCAGUUUCCACAGCCCCAAAUGUUAGUUUCUGCAAUGCAGUCAUACCCGGGAGGUUCCGCUGGGGUUCCAUUAAUCUACGUUGGCUAUCCCCCAGCCUCGAUCCCUCCCCAUGCCGAAAAUCUGACUGCCUAUAAUUUUGGUCAAAUGAAGUCACACCUUUUUCCCUUCGGGAAUUCAAUCAUUCACAGUCAAGACCAUACUGUGCCUCCUGUUAUGCGGCCAUUAUCCCCAACAGAACGAGUGGGGUCCAGCGUCCCAUUCAAGUUUGAUCCGAGCCCAUCAUUCGAACCCUGUGAAGUAAAGUCUCCUGAAGUUAAUCAGACUAGAGUGGAAGCCGAUCUUCCCCAAAGCUUCGAACCACUGUCUUCAAACGAUCAAAGAUCGCUUAGUUCACCGAUGGCAGUACCAACGAUUAUGCCCGGCAGUUCCAAUUGUAAUUAUAUCGACCCACAAAUGAUGUUUUUUAUGCCAUAUAUGGGCUACAAUCAGGGGCAAAGCCCAGCUAUGCCCCUUCAAAAUGCCGGUGCGGUCGGUGACCUAAAUAACUUGAGCCCGAGUCGUCUCGCCACGACCUUUUGUCCCUCACCCUUUGUGACACCGGACGGUCAAAUGCCGAUGUUUAUGUUGGGACAAAUGAACAGCUGGUACAACGGAACAGGGGCCAACCAAUCGUGUAACUUUUCCAUCCCUCAUUCAUCAUCCAAAAAUAUGUCGCUUGGCAUUUGUGGGCAAUACACUCCGAAUAUGAACAGGUAUUUAUACCAACCAGCUGGGGCGGGAGCAACGACCGAAGCCAACCAGCCUCCUACUUCUAACACACCGGGGUCAAAUUUUGACUUCCAGAACUGGAUGUCUGCCCUGGAUGAAAUCGGUAAGGACCACCAAAGAAAUACGGUUUCUGAAACUUCGGAGACCGCCAGUACCCUGGAGUAA